AUGUCUGUAUUUGAGGCCUCGCAUAUCUACAGUCUCCCUCGGGUAUACGUAAAUACGUGUCCUGGCGCAGAUACAUCUCUCGUACUGCGGCUCAAAGGCUCCGAGGAGAAGCCUCGAUGUGAGGGAAAGCCUGACAGGCCCAAGUCCUUUCGAAAAGGAUCGCUCACGGUCACACCGGUGCUGCAUCAUUCUUCAGCGAGCGGUAAAAGGUGCACGUACUUCGGAGCCCAGGUCAAUGGUGUGGAUUGGAGUCAAGCAGUGUCGGAAGAUGUGGUCGCACAGCUAAAGGAAUUGCAAGACGAGUAUGCCGUCCUCAUCUUCCGUAAGACGGGCCUCGACAACAGCCGGCACGUCGCAUUCUCGCGGCAGCUCGGACAGGAUCUUGAGAUCAACCCCUUCUUUUAUGGUCGCGAGAAUGAUCGGAUAGGGGACCCUUUUCUUUGGGACGUCAGCAAUAUCAACCGUGAUGGCAGCAUCGUACAGCCCGACUCACGCCGGUGGCACCACAGCCUCGGUAAUGCGUUGUGGCACACGGACUCUUCGUACCACCAAGAACGAUCGAAAUACUCUCUACUCUUAUCACAUGGGACCCCGGUGAGAGGCGGAUCCUGGACACACUUUGCGGAUACACGACAAGCGUACCAAGACCUCCCGCAACAUGUAAAGGACCAGCUAGAGGACCUUGUGGUGGAACACGAUCUCUGGCAUUCGCGUCGAUUAGGAUCACCGACGACGUUCAAAGAGCCUCUGCCGCAUGAGCGGGCGGCAAAACCUCCCGCUUACCAUCGUCUGGUUCAGCAAGCUCCUGGACAAGGGCGGAAGACAUUGUACAUUGCUGCCCAUGCCAAAUUGAUCGUGGGCUGGUCAUACGAAGACAGCCAAGAGUUGAUUUGGAGACUGAUAGAGUGGUGUACGCAGCCGAAAUAUGUUUUCAGUAUGGAAUGGCUUGAUGGUGGCGACAUGGUCUGGUGGGACAAUCGCCAGUCGAUGCACCGUGCUAAUCCAUAUACCACGAGCAUGACAGCGCGUGAUGUACGAAGGGCAACCAUCAUUGACGACGGGCCUUCAGCCUGGGGUGUUACCGAAGAAGAGAUUGCUGCGGCAAAGCAUAAAGCUGAGCAACUUGGCUUGCUACGGUGGGACUCUCCCCUCGUUUAG